CUAUAAUAUCUAUAAUAUCAAACAUAAACUAUAAGCAUCAAGUAUCAACCUUGUGAGUUGUAACUUGUAAAUCUGUUGUAUUACUUGUAUUGGGUAUUUAAGUUUCGGCAGAGCCCUUCUAUUUCAAUAUUAUCUUUGUAAAAUAUAACUUAGAUCGUAUUUUAGUUUCACGUCAUACGUGUAAAUAGCCACUUAUCACUAUUUAAGUUUUUAAUAAAUUAUUAAGAUGGCUGUUGAUUCAAAAUACGCUCAUUUAAGUGGAAUUGCUUAUGACCAACCCGAUGUCUAUGAGACUUUUGAAUUGCCAGAAGAUGACCAACAACUUGAUUAUGCAGAAGAGGACAAUGAAGAUAUCGAACGCGUCAAAUUGGUUCCAACUGAAGCUUACAAACACUUUAAAGACAAAGUUGUCAGCUCAGACAAUAUAGACUUUUCUGAUAAAUUGGGCAGGUCAAUAAAAACUGGAUAUAAUUCAAACCAACUUUGGGAAUUAGCUGCACAGGGAGAAAAAGAAACUCCAUUACAAAAGUAUUAUAGGUUGAAGUUGGAAACUGAAGAAUUGGUUCAAGAAAUAAGUACUUUGCAGGAAAAUAAAAAUGAUCUUGAUGAGCAAUCAUGUACUAACAUAGGGUCUCAAGUACAAGAUGUUUUACUGAAAUUGUCUACAUUAAAUAUAGAGAAGUCUUUUGAACAACAAUUAGGAAAACUAGGAACAUCUGAAAUUGAUAAUUUACAAAAGUAUUUAGAAACUGUUACUGAGUUGCUCAAUAAACGACCAGAUAGCAGUGAUAAACCACAAGUUACAUCAGAAUGUGUUUCUGAGGCAUUAAAUUUCCAGGCACUAAUAAGACCUAAUAGGGCUCAACUUGAUCAAGUUUCUCAAAUUUCUCGAUUGGAAGAACGUUUGCGUAAAUUGGAAGCAACAAUUGGAACUGGUGCUUUAACACUGAAACGUUUAGGUGUUUGUGAGAGUGGAGGUUUGAUUGAGGCUGUUCGACUAUUAUUAGGGCAGCUAUCUGUUCUUAACUCAACUCAAUUGGAUGCAGUAGAUACUAGAGUCUCCAAUUUGCUACCCAAACUUGAACAAACAGCAGCAAAACUAGAUUCUCAAGAUCCUGAAAAAGAUAAAAAAAUUAAUGAGCUCUAUGAAAUAAUUUUAAAAGCAACUCAAGAGUCACAUUUAUUACCUGAAGUUCUACAAAGGAUGGUAGCAUUAGAAUCACUGCACCAAAAAGUUGGAAAAUUAGUGAUGACAAUUAGUAACCUGAGUGCCCAGCAUACAGAAAAUGCUCAAAAUAUUGAAAAAAACGAAGAGUUUCUGAAGACUAUAGAAUCUCACAUUAAUCAAAACAUGAUUAAAAUGAAUUCUAAUAUGAAAUCUUUGUACGAACGAGUGGAAGUUGUUGCAGAAAAAUUGAAACAAUCUGAAGCUUAAAUUUUAAACAAAAUUAAGUUAAAUAUUUUCCAAAUAAAAUGUAUAACGGAGUAUAAGUUUUAUUAAUUUAUAUAAAUAAUAAUGAUCUUUUAUAUUAAUCUAUAUAUAAUUUAACAUGUACAAAUUUGUAUGCUUUUUAAAAUUGUCAACUUGCUUAAUCGUAGAGAUCCUAAAAUUAUUCCUUAUGCUACAAUAAAUAAUCUAUUUCAUAGAUUUA